CAACUCAAAAACAAAAGCAUUCGGCUACAGACUGAAGAAAAAACAAGUCAUCUACUUCAGUGCGUCCCGAGAAGAUCGCCGGUGCAGUAUUUAAAAAACCUUACUUACCUUCCCGUUAAAUAAAUGAAAAUGCAAGCCCCUCAAGACAAUGACAGUCAGCUUAUUUUGGUGCAGAACAACUUAAAAACGUUACCGCUGAAACUAGUUAAGAAACACUCUGGCCAUAUAGAGCUAUUGGACUUGAGCCACAACUGUAUAAAGGACUUGACCUGGCUAACAGAGUUCGAACAAUUGCGUCACUUGGUCCUGGACAGUAAUCGCAUGCACGAAGCGCAUUUAAGGACAUUGACACGACCUCUGCCUCAGUUGGAAGUCCUGAUGCUUAACAAAAAUGAGUUCAGUGACCUGCCAACAACGAUACGACUGAUCAAGCGGCUAUUUCCCAAUCUGCAGUAUUUGAGUCUCCACGGCAACCCAAUCUGUCCCGAUGGACUAGAACUGCAGCCCUUCUCCGGUUACCUUCGCUAUGACUACCAAUAUUACAGUAACUACAUUGCACAGUCGCUGAGCAAACUGAAAUUUCUGGAUCAUGGACUGGUUCAACGCACCUAUCAAUACGAGAGUUUUCCUCUCAAAAACUAUGAUGGUGGGCAGUUGAUUAAAACGACGAGUUUUUGAAACCUUCAGUAUCUAUAAGAAUAUUUUGCAUUGUAAAUAAGCAUUUUGUUAUUUUGACUUUCUAGAAAACAGCUAUUAUUUAUAUUAAAUAAAUGUCUAAAUUUUGGUACCUUAA